GCUGGUGAAGCGAGGAGUCAAAAGAAGAGUAGAAAUAGAGGUGCUUCUAGCACAAAACAGAGCUUCCUCUCCACUGCUAGAACAACAAAUGGGUGAAGAACAAAAGGAGCCUGUGAAAGAAGAGCAGGCUGAGAAAAAGGAGGCAGCAGAGGAGAAGAAACCAGAUGAACCUCAAGAAAUCAUAUUCAGAGUUGACAUGCACUGCGAAGGAUGCGCAAAGAAAGUCGAGAAAUCCCUCCUGAGGUUUGAAGGAGUUGAAAAUGUGAAGGCUGACAGUCGAUCAAAGACAGUUGUGGUAAAGAGCCGGACCACAGAUCCAGCCAAGCUUUGUGAGAGGGUUCAGAGGAAGACAAAGAGAAGGGUUGAGCUCAUCUCCCCUCUUCCUCCGCCUCCUGAAGAGGAGAAGAAAGAGGAAGCUCCACCGCCCCCUCCAGAAGAAAAUAAAGAGGAGCCACCGAAGACAGUAACUGUUAUCCUGAAGGUCCAGAUGCACUGCGACGCUUGUGCGCAGCUUCUGCAAACGCGUAUAAGCAAGAUAGAAGGUGUAGAAUCUGUGGAGAUAGAUCUCCCUAACGACCAGGUGAUCGUCAAAGGCGUCAUGGACCAGGCCGUGCUCAUCGACAGCAUCCAGCGGAAGACACGGAGGCCAGCAGUAGUCAUCGUCGAAGAGGAGAAGCAGGCGGAGGAGGAUCAAAAGAAGCCAGAGGAGGAAGCGCAGAAGGCGGCAGAGGUGGAGAAGAAGGCCGAUGGCAUCAACGAGGUCAAGAGGUAUGACUUCUGGCCGCCCGUGCAGUACCACGCUGAGUACGUCUACCCGUACCUGCCGCCGCCGCCGCUGCAGCACGGCUACCCAUACCCACCGCCGGUGCUGGCGUCGGAGGAGUUCAGUGACGAGAACCCGAACGCUUGCACCAUCCUUUGAUGGCGCCCAUUCUGUACGUUGGGGAGGUCAAUACGCAGACGUUCUGAGCAAUCGUAGAGUUCGUCUUAUUAACUAGUACUAAUAGGGAUUAUGUAACUAGAUGCAGUUGUGUACUUGUGUCCUGUGUAAGCUGUGUUGGUGUGCUUCACUGUACUGAAUCCGAGUCUGUACCAGUACUGUGUACUAUACCCUGCGUAGUGCGUAUUAUUUUUGUAGCUGCACCACGCAUGGCGAUAACAGUAUUAUCGUUUGAUUAGACCCCUUUUAAAUCUAUUUGACAUCUUUUACAUAUAUUUGGAAUAAUCACCAUUACGU